CGCCCCUUUGGUACUUUCAUUCAAGAUGGUGGCUGGUUCCUUGUGACAGGCUCUCUCCCCACUCAUUGCCUCCCCCCAUGCGGCGCUGCUCGGACUCCUCCUGCCCCAUCUCCAAUGGCCUGCGCUUGGAGGGCCCGGUGCCCAUGGAGCGGCCCCAGGGGCUGGCGCCGGACGAGAGCCCCGCAGCUGAGGCGGCCCUGGGCGCCGGCACCGGCACCGUCAAGGUCUAUCUCCCCAACCAGCAGCGCACUGUGGUCAACGUGCGGCCGGGAGCCACCGUCUACGAUGCCCUGGACAAAGCGCUGAAGGUGCGAGGGCUGAACCAGGACUGCUGUGCUGUGUAUCGGCGCCUGGGCGGGACGAAGAUGCCGACCGCCUGGGACACAGACAUCACCCCGCUGGAGGGGCAGGUUCUCUACGUGGAGGUGCUGGACGAGGUGCCACUCACCAUGCACAACUUUGUCCGUAAGACGUUUUUCAGCCUGGCCUUCUGCGACUUCUGCCUCAAGUUCCUCUUCCACGGCUUCCGCUGCCAGACGUGCGGCUACAAAUUCCACCAGCACUGCAGCAGCCGCGUGCCCAGCGUGUGCGUGGCCCUGGGCGCGGCCCACUGCCCGAUUUACAGCCAUGGCCCCUACCCUGAUGUGCAGGGGCAGGAUUCCCCUUCAGCCCGGCCCGGCCUGGCCCCCCUAACGCCGCAACCCACCAGCUCCCGCCAGCAGUGUCUUGGCCCCGAUGUCUUCAGCUUCCCAGACCCCCCUGGUGGGGGGCAGCCCCUCCAGCGCCACCGCUCCACCUCCACCCCCAACGUGCACAUGGUCAGCACGGCCGAGCCCGGGGACGACGCCACCCGGCAGAUCGCGGCCGUGAGCUUCUUCACAGACGCGCCAGGUGCGGGGGAAGGGUUUCCCCCGGGUCCCAGCCCCCCCCAGGAGCCUCCCGGGCGCCGUGGGGCCCCCUCCAAGUCGCCCCCGCAGCCCCCCAAGGAGCGGAAGGGGUCGGCGUCGUCGGCUGAGGACAAGAAGAGAGUGAAGGCCCUGGGCUACCGGGACUCGGGCUACCAGUGGGAGGUGCCCCCGCAUGAGGUGAUCCUGCUGCGGCGGGUGGGAGCCGGCUCGUUUGGGACCGUCUACCAGGGCCGCUGGCACGGCCACGUGGCUGUCAAAAUCCUCAAGGUGACGCAGCCCACGGCCCAGCAGGUGCAGGCCUUCAAGAACGAGAUGCAGGUACUCAGGCGGACGCGCCACGUCAACGUGCUGCUGUUCAUGGGCUUCAUGACGCGGCCGAGUUUCGCCAUCAUCACCCAGUGGUGCGAGGGCAGCAGCCUGUACCGGCACCUCCACGUCUGCGAGACCCGGCUGGACGCCCCCGCCCGCACCGAGGUGGCACGCCAGACGGCCCAGGGCAUGGAUUAUCUUCAUGCCAAGAACAUCAUCCACCGGGACCUGAAAUCCAACAACAUCUUCCUGCACGAGGGGCUGACGGUGAAGAUCGGUGACUUCGGCCUGGCCACGGUGAAGACGCACUGGAGUGGGGCCCGCCGAGUCGAGCAGCCCCGGGGCUCCGUGCUCUGGAUGGCGCCCGAGGUGAUCCGCAUGCAGGACAGCAGCCCCUACAGCUUCCAGUCCGACGUCUACGCCUACGGGGUGGUUCUGUUCGAGCUCACCACAGGCAGCCUCCCCUACGGGCACGUCCGCAGCCGCGACCAGAUCCUGUUCAUGGUGGGCCGAGGGUACCUGUCCCCUGACAUGAGCCGGGUGCCCAGUACCUGCCCCAAGGCUCUGAAGAGACUCAUGAUGAACUGCCUGAAAUUCAACCGAGACGAGAGACCCCUCUUCCCCCAGAUCCUGGCCACAGUGGAGCAGCUGCAGCGCCUCCUCCCCAAGCUGGAGCGAAGCAUGUCAGAGCCCUCCCUGCACCGUGCCUCCCACCCCGACCCCCGCGGCUCCUCCCCCCCGUCGCCCCUGCGCCCCCUGGCCUAGCCUGGGCAGACGGACACCCUCGGUGCCAGGAGCUGCCGCUGCUCCAAGCCUCCCCCAGCUUGGGGACCCAGGCGUCCAGGAGCAACUAUGGGGGAGGGGGGCAAACACCCCAAGGGGCUGGGGAGCUUCUCCCCCCACCCGAACCUCAGGGCCAGCAUCGCCCCAGAGGAACUUCCAUUGUCUGGAGAUUGAUGGGUGACACCCCCCACUCCACCCUGCCCCAGAGGUGGCUGCAUCCCAGCAUCAGCCGAGCUGGCCGUUCUAUGCAGCCGUUCCCGGCCGCCCCGCCCCAGAGGUGGCUGCAUUAAGGGCGACCCGUGGGCUGUUAAAUCUCUGUUUUAAUAUAUCGGUCUCUGGUU